GUUAUUGUAAAUAUAAAUUCAAGACAAAAUGGCAGCGCUCCUGAGAAACUCGAGUUGGAAUGUUUUUAAGACGCGUAAUGCUAGGACAAUGCAUUUCGGAAAAGGUUUUAAAGUUUCUUUUAGAUCUAGAUCUGUCAGAAAGGAAUACGCUUCACUCUGUAAUUAUAACAGCUUUCAAACUAAUUUGUUAAAUGCAUGUGAACAAUCUCAGUCUAAAAGUAACGUAUUGCGUCAGAUAACAAAAGAUUCGCUUUCUUCUUCAUCUUCGAAAGGUUACAGUAACAGUUACAGAUCUACUGUAUUACCAAAUUUAAACCUUAUCCAAAAUAAUUCAGAUACUGUAAAACGCAAAACUACCCCAAUAUCUGAAAUAACACCUUAUUCCUUAUACAAACAUUCUAGAGCAUGCAAUAAAAUCAAGUUAUUAUCUCAAAGUCAAAGACAAGUUGGACUAACAACAAACAGCCAAGGGAACAGAACUGUUUUGAACAUUGUAGCCCCUGGUAAUUUUACAAGUGUUAGGCUUAUUUCUGUUUCUUCUGGUCAUUUGCAAAAGAAAAAUGAUGAUGAUGGGGAUAAUACCAAUUCUAAAAAGGAACCUGAAGUGCAAUCUGAACCAACGGAAGAAUCUCAAGAAAUGGGAAGCUUCAAUCCAAUUGGGGCAUUAACCACAAUGUCUGUGCCGGAGUUUCUGCCAGUGGUGCCAGUUAUUGCCAUCAGCAGGAAUCCAGUUUUUCCAAGAUUUGUCAAAAUGAUUGAGGUUUCUCACCCUGAAUUGAUGGAACUGUUAAGAAGAAAAGUAAAGUUCAAUCUUCCCUAUGCUGGUGUUUUCUUAAAGAAGGAUGAUACAAAUGAAUCAGAUGUUGUGGAUCGUCUUGAUGACAUCUACAGUGUUGGUACUUUUGUACACAUCACUGAGAUGCAUGACCUUGGGGAUAGGCUGAGAAUGAUAAUGAUGGCUCACCGAAGAAUCAAAAUAACUGACCUUGGAUCAGAAGAUGAAAUAGAAGCUUUACAAGAUCAAGCAGGAAAGUCAAAGCGAAAAGCCAGGCGCAGAAAUGGUAAGAAGGAAUCUGAUACAGACAAAAAAGAGGAUGGAACAUCAAGUGAAACAACAGAAAGUCAUUCUCCAUAUGCAUUGGGAAGCCUUUUCAAGUCUAGAAAAGAGCCUGCAUCCAAAACAUCUGAGCCAAAAAGUGCCCCAUCACAUGUGUUGCUUGUUAGAACAGAAAACAUCAUGCAUGAGCCUUUUGAAAGUAAUGAUGAAAUCAAGGCACUGACAUCUGAAGUUGUGAAAACAAUUAGAGAUAUUAUUGCCAUGAAUCCUUUAUAUAGAGAAAAUCUUGCUCAGAUUAUUCAAGCGGGCCAGAGAGUAAUUGAUAAUCCAGUUUAUAUUAGUGAUUUAGGUGCUGCCCUGACGGCUGGAGAGCCCAGAGAACUACAAGAAGUGCUAGAAGAGAAAAAUAUUGCUAAACGAUUGAUGUUAGCCUUGUCAUUGCUUAAAAAAGAAUUUGAACUGAGCAAACUCCAGCAGCGCAUCGGAAAAGAAGUAGAAGAAAAGGUGAAGAAACAGCACAGAGAAUACAUUCUUCGAGAGCAGUUAAAAAUCAUUAAAAAAGAACUGGGGCUUGAGAAGGAUGACAAAGAUGCCAUUGAAGAAAAGUUUAGAGCAAGGCUGAAGGAUUUGGUUGUGCCAGCACAUGUAAAAGAAGUGAUUGAUGAAGAGCUGUCUAAGUUAUCAUUCCUUGAUAAUCAUUCUUCAGAAUUCAAUGUGACUCGCAAUUAUUUAGACUGGUUGACGGGAUUACCCUGGGGUAAAUAUAGUGAAGAGACACUGGAGCUUGACAGAGCCCAGAAAAUUCUUGAUGAAGAUCACUAUGGCAUGGAGGAUGUUAAAAAAAGAAUUCUUGAAUUCAUCGCUGUCAGCCAACUCAAAGGUAGCACACAAGGAAAAAUUCUUUGUUUUUAUGGGCCCCCUGGUGUUGGUAAAACAAGUAUUGCUCGGUCCAUUGCAAGAGCUUUAAAUAGAAAAUAUUUCAGAUUUAGUGUGGGCGGAAUGACAGAUGUUGCAGAAAUUAAAGGUCAUAGGAGAACUUAUGUUGGUGCAAUGCCUGGUAAAAUCAUUCAAUGUUUGAAAAAAACAAAGACAGAAAAUCCACUUGUUCUCAUUGAUGAAGUAGAUAAAAUGGGUCGUGGUUACCAAGGCGACCCAUCAUCAGCAUUACUAGAGCUCUUGGAUCCUGAACAGAAUCAAAAUUUUUUGGAUCAUUACUUGGAUGUCACAGUUGACUUAAGCAAGGUUCUAUUCAUCUGUACGGCCAAUGUUGUUGACACUAUUCCUGAACCACUUAGAGACAGAAUGGAAAUGAUAGACGUAUCAGGAUAUGUGGCAGAGGAAAAACUAAACAUAGCCACACAAUACUUGAUUCCCCAAGCACUUCAAAGUUCAGGAGUGGAUCAGAGUAAGAUGAACAUCUCCAAUGAAGCCAUCAGUACAUUGAUCAAGUCCUACUGCAGGGAGAGUGGAGUUAGGAACUUACAGAAACAUAUUGAAAAGAUCUAUCGGAAAGCUGCAUUGAAGGUGGUAAAAGAGAAGGUUGACACUAUCGUUGUAGAUAACAACAAUCUUCAUGAGUAUGUUGGCAAGCCAUUGUUUACGCAUGACCGAAUGUAUGAUUUAACACCACCUGGAGUAGUGACUGGCUUGGCCUGGACAGCUAUGGGUGGGUCGACAUUGUUUAUUGAAACUGCAAUCAAGAAACCCUUGAAGGAUGAUAAUAAAGAAGUAGGAUCCCUUGAGCUGACAGGCAGUCUGGGUAAUGUCAUGAAAGAAAGUGCUCACUUAGCCUACACAUUUGCUAAAGCCUUUACAGCCAAGAACUUCCCUGACAAUGACUUUAUGCAGAGAGCUCACAUUCACUUGCAUGUACCUGAGGGAGCGACACCUAAAGAUGGUCCUAGUGCAGGUUGUACUAUAGUCACUGCUUUGUUAUCCCUAAUGUUAAACAAACCAGUCAGACAAAACCUGGCCAUGACUGGAGAGGUUUCACUCAUUGGAAAGAUUCUACCAGUCGGUGGAAUCAAAGAGAAAACAAUUGCUGCCAAACGUGUCGGGGUGACCUGUGUGAUCAUGCCAGCAGAGAACAAGAAAGACUACUCUGACUUACCCAAGUUCAUCACCGAUGGACUAGAAAUUCAUUUUGUUGAAAAUUAUGAUGAAGUGUUCAAAUUGGCAUUUCCUGACCUAUAAAAGUGUAUGAAUGGAAAUGUGUGUGUGUGUGCACAGAUUUUGUUUAUUGUCUUUCCUAGGAACUAGAAGUGGACAGAAAAUGUGUGAGUGUGAAAAGAGACUCUUUUAACAGUUAUCUUCUAACAUUACUAGUUACUACAUUGGUUUAACUUAUUAUGUCAUCUCGAUGUUUAUACAAAGAUUAUAUCAUUAGAUUGUUAUAUUACAUGAUUGGCAUUAUUUUAUAUGUAAUAAAUAAAACAUUUAAAUGCUUUAAAAAAAAA